CCAGCCUUCGUCACCGGAAAACAACAAGGAAAAUGAUCGCACAACAGAGCUAAAAAAAUAUAAACACCAUAGGCAGCAGCUCCUCCUCCCCCACCAGACGUGCAUCCACAGAUUAGGUUAGGACAGUUAUACCUUCCCCAGGCACACGCAUCUAAAAGCUCCUCCAGGCAGAAGGAGCUCUCCCAGGGAUGACUUGAGACGAGAGGCAGGAAGCUAUUGGACGCUCUCCGUCAACAUGGGCAACCAGGAGGCUAAGCAAAAGAAAGCUGCAGCAACAUCGGGUAAUGGAAGCUACCCUUCACUGGAUGAAGGAUGGAAAGAGGGAGGAGGGGACACAACAAAAAAGGGAGGAAAGAAACUCUGUAAGCAUGGAGGUAAAGGAGCAGGCAGUGGAGGAGGAGGAGGUGGAGGAGGGGGGAUGCAUUGCACUGGACCAGGAAAAAAGAAAAACAAAUCUGAGUCCAAGUCCUCUGUUUUCUCCAUCCGGAAAAGAAAGGGCAAUUUGAAAGGAAAAGGAGAUUUGUGUUUGUCAGUAACUGGCUCAAAGGAGGAUGUCUUAUUAUCUCAACAUGAUGAACUGGACAGCACAAAAACACCUGAAAUGUCUGCAGAUGAGCUUGGACAGUCAGACACUGAGGCUGCUUUCCCUGAGAAGAGAAAGAAACUGGAGCAAGGGAAAAAGGAUGGAAAUGGAGGAAAGCAGAUGCAGGAGAUGCAGUGGAAAGCCUCAACAGCACCAACAUCUCCCACAGAGGAUGGAGGGCAGAAGGGAGGGAGCUCAGGGUCAGACACAGAUAUUUACAGCUUCCACUCAGCAGCUGACCAUGAGGAUUUGCUUGCGGACAUCCAGCUUGCUAUAAGGCUCCAGCACCAACAGCAGCAUGGGCGGGUUAAUUCAGUUGUAGAAGCACAGGAAGCGAGAGAUAGGGAUUUAAGCUGGGGAGGGGGAGAGGGGCCGAGGAAGCAGAGUAACGGGUUGAUUAAAUUAACUCCUCCUGAGGUGCUUGACCUGACCCCAGAUUUAGAACUGGGGUCUGAUGCCCUGUCAUUCCUAGAGACAGGAACUCUGUCUGGCUCUGUCAAGCAUGGAGACCAGCCGCAAACACUACGCAUCCCUUUCCACACUGUGGUGCCUGAGGGGAAGGAGGAGAAGGAGGAGAAGGAGGAGGUGGGGCAUCCAGAGAUAAAUUGGAAGGGGCAGAGGGAAAGGGAGAAAGAAGCUUCUCUUUGUGUUGGCACAGGCACAAAAGACCAGCAUGCUUGGCUGCAGAAGCCCCCUCAUACAGCCAUCACCAUGGCUACUGCCAGGGGGGCAGCAGUCAGCCCAGUUGCCAUGACAACUAGUGGUAACUGCUUCCCUGAUCCCACAUUUGACAGUGACGGGAAAAUCCCAGGGGUGGAGGAGGAAGCAGGAGGUGAAACCUGGCAGGAGGUUGAAAGGGAGCCCAAGGUGGAUGUGGAUCUCACUCCUCCACCCGCAGACAGCCAUAACAAAAGUUCUGAACCUACUGAAGGGCUGACCUCAGGGACCGUGUUUGAAGAAGGUGGGGGUCAGUUGGGCUCAGGUACUAGUGCAGAGUCCCUUGAGGACUGCCUGAGUGCUGGAUCUGAAUCCAAUCACUUUGCUGGUGCCAGCAUCAGUGUUACUCCUUCCAAUCAGCAGUGCAGGAGGAGCAGCAUGUGUUUCACCCCACUGCCUCCCCAAGACAGCCCCACGUUGGCCAAACGACUCCUCAGGUCUACCCACUCGUCAACCUCCUCUAGCCCUGUGGUGAAACCAUACCCUCCUAUCUUCCCCUCCUACAUCAAGACCACCACCAGACAACUCAGCUCCCCAGGACAGUCCCCAGCCCUGUCUCCUUCCCACAGUCCCCUUUCCCCACGCAGAGCCUACCAUCACCUCCACAGGACGAUGCCUGAGGGUCACCAAAUCCGUAGGCAGCGCUCUCGUAGCCUCGCUGGGCCUGUGAGUCGCUCAGCUGACUGGACAGAGGAACUUGAGACGAGGCUAAGGAGCAGAGAGGAGGAAGGAGGAGGCUCUGGAGGUUCAGGAGAAUAUUUGAUGGGCUACCGAGGAGGAGGCAGCCAACCUAUCUGUGCCACCAGAAGAUCUUCCUGUGGACAGGUUUCUACCUGCGGCUUUCAGGACAUCUUCACAGGUGAUCGAACUCUCCUGGAGAAGCUCUUCCCUACAGCAGCAGCAGCAGCAGGAGGACCAGAAGAUGCUGAGAGGCUCUGCUCCAGGAUCUUGGCCAUGGGUCUCCUGCUGCCUUUCACUGACUGCUUUAGAGAGCAGCUGGGAGGCAGCACUGUGCACAUCACUUCCACAGCAUCAGCCAAGUUUGAUCAUGACCAGCUUUAUACAUGGGCAGCAGUUAAUCAACCGACUCACUCCUUGGAUCCUCUUGGGGGGAAAAUACCAGGGCAGCUGAAGGGCCCCUGGCCUCCAGUCAGGCCAGGCGGGGACGAUUGGACUGGACUCAAAUCCACAGAGGCAGAAGACAAUCAAGACCACCAUGUAGCCAUCUUGGAUUUGAGGCAACAACAGAAAGAGAGCCAAGAGGAGGAAUGUGUCCUUCCUUCAACAAAACUCAAGGAAAAACAUGUCAAUGUAAUCCAACAGCUGGAACAAACCAUAGAAGACCUCAGGACUAAGAUUGCUGAACUGGAGCGACAGUCCCCUCUGCUGGACAGAGACAGUAUAAAACCCAAGACCUCCACCACAGACAGGGAGUGUGGAGGAGAGGAGAGCCUGCUGAGGGCGGUGUGUGAUGCCCACCUACAGACUGAAGCAGCCCCAGCUCUGGGCUGCCUGGAGGCCAAGUCUGUGCAGACCUCACCCAUGGAUGACAGCUUUAAGUUCAAAGUGCCUUGUACUGAGCUGGGUAGACUGAAUGACUUGCUGCAACCUCCACCCAGGCAGGAUGGCUUCCAGUGUUCAUGUCAGCUCCAGCAUCCUCCUCCACAUCCACCUCCUCUUCCAGGAAGAGCAGUACCUCCUCCACCACCACCACCACCACCUCCUCCACCAUUACCAGGAUCUUCAAUGCCAGCUCCUCCACCUCCACCUCCAUUACCUCCUGGUUCAGCAGUUCCUUUACCCCCACCUCCUCCUCCUCCUCCCCCACUUCCCAGUGGCCUUGCACCACCCCUACCACCUCAUCCUCCUCUCCUUGUUGGCAUUGCUCCACCUCCUCCUCCAUUACCAGGAAUAGGUGGCCUACCUCCUCCUCCACCAGGUGGUAGAGGCUGUGGGCCCCCUCCACCCCCUCCUCCACCAGGAGCCAUCUGUAUUCCCCCAGCUAUUUCAGGGGUUCUGGGCUCCCUGCCUCCUCCUUUACCACUGGGGCUAUACGCUCUAGGUCUGGCCCAGGAGAAACCAGCCAGGAAGGCUGUCGUGGAGCCUCCCAGACCCAUGAAGCCCCUCUACUGGACCAGGAUCCAGCUGCACACCAAAAAGGAGCCCUCUUCUGUGUUGGUGUGGGAGAAUAUUGAGGAGCCUGAUGUGGACUUUGAAGAGUUUGUAGAGUUGUUCUCCAAAACGGCGGUGAAGGAGAAGAAACAGCCGCUCUCUGACACAAUCACCAAGUCUAAGGCCAAACAGGUUGUGAAGCUUCUAAACAACAAGCGUUCUCAGGCAGUAGGAAUACUCAUGUCCUCCCUACAUCUUGACAUGAAAGAUAUCCAGCAUGGAGUGGAGACUGUUUUCACACAUGACGCCCCCUACAUUACUCUGCUACCUCUUUCGGAUUUCUCCUCUUGA